CCAACACAGGUGACCUCAGGGAGGCCAUGAACUUAUAUUUCCUCAUGUUACUGACAUAAAACCCUGUGCCAUCAAAAGAUGAAGCAGAAAUACACUUCUCUUUUCUCUAGAAGUUUCUGUGUGACCGGAAGAGUCAAGAACUUCCUCCUGAAGCUUAGAGAGGGGAGGGACCUCUGAGUUGUCCCCAGCCCAGAGUGCCACUGUCAGAACAGCCGAGGGAGGAAAGAAGAGAGUGGAACAAAAAUGGCAGAAAAUGUCCUUUAUGCUGACCUGAACUUGCCUGAACCAACCAGACCCAGAAACCUGAGGGUCCCUGAUGUCCAAGGCUCAGGUUGUACCUAUGCAGAAGUGAAAGUGAAAUCCCAAGAGACAAAUGCUGCAGCAAACUGCAAAUCAUCGGGUAAAAGUUGUUGUUCCAGAAAACAUGUUACCAUAUUGGUGGUGAUAAUCCUCCUACUGGUCCUGGCAGUAUAUUUAAUAAUCACAUAUGGUCCAACUGCAGGCAGCCAACAAGACUCAACAAGAACCAUCCCUGAAGAGGCACUAGGCUGCCCCACAUCAUGGAAGAAACAUGGGAGAAAUUGCUACUUCUUUUCUCCAGAGAAGAAACCAAAGGGCUGGGAAGCCUCUCGUGCAGAAUGCACCGCCAUGGGCUCAGACCUGGUGGUCAUUGACAGCAGAGAAGAGCUGAGUUACCUUCUCCCACAAUCAAGACAUAACUACUACUUACUUGGUCUCACAUAUUCUCAAGAGGAGCAGAAGUGGAAGUGGAUCAACAACGUGGAACACGACCCAGCCAUGUUCAGUAUAAUUGGACAUUUCUUUGAUUAUCUCUGCACGGUCAUUGGAUUUGAUGAAGUACGGUCUGCACCUUGUAAUGGAUCCAAAACAACACAAAAUAUGUGUGAAAAAGCUGCAACAAUUUCAUAAAGGCAUCAGAAGAAGAGCCAAAAACAGGAGGUCCCGGCUGAUAUGUUAUGCCCAGCUUCCUGUAGGAACCAUGGAUGGGAUGUGUCUCAUUUCUCUUUAGCUGCCCAAUCUCUGCUCCCAGGCUCUCCUGCAGCCUCUCUCCAGACUCGUGGCCAAGCUCAGCUCACCCUUCCCUGAUGGUGUCUGAGCCUGGAUGGAUCCCCUCUGGAAGAGCUGGCAC